AUGACCGUGGAGAUCAACACUGCCACUGCCAACAGGUGCUCUCAGCUGGAUAAGAGUGAGGUGACAACGUUUGACCUGCCCCUCUCAGCCAGCCAUGGCGCCACUGAAGCUUCUGCCUCUAACAUCAGCGUGGAUGGAGCAGGGGCUGUGGCCGGGGUGGAAGCUCUGGCUAGGGGGGCUGAAGUGUCAGUGGGCGCCGAGGCCCAGCGGACACGGGCUGUUCUGGAGCAGCUACAGCAGAAGAUCCUGAAGAGCAUUGAGCAGAUUCGGAUAGAACAGGAGGCACGAAACGACAACGUGGCAGAGUACUUGAAGCUGGCCCACAAUGCCAACAGCCAUCAGGCUUUUCGUAUCAAACAGGUGUUUGAGAAGAAGAACCAGAAGUCUGCUCAGACCAUCGCCCACCUGCACAAGAAGCUAGAUCACUACUACAAGAAGUUUAAGGAGAUACAGCAGCAAGGUCUGGGCCGGCAGCCUAAGGAUGUGCUGGGGGAUAUGCAGCAGGGGCUGAAGGAUGUAGGGGCUAACGUACGAGCAGGGAUCAGUAGCUUUGGUGGAGGUGUGGUGGAGGGUGUCAAAGGGGGCGUGUCAGAACUCACUCAUACAGCUGUGGUGUCUAAGCCCCUGGAGUUUGUCAGCUUGAUCCGCAACAAAUUCGGCAGCACACACUCGCUAGAGGAUGGUGUGGAGGAGCAUUUAGAUGAUGUACCCCUGAGUAGCAGCGUCACCUUGGCCUCCAGCUCAAAGUACAGUAGUGACGACGAGUGCUCCAGUGACUCUGUGACAAGCAGUAAUUAUUUCGGGGCUGGGGGAGGAGGGGGGAUGUUGGGGUUGGGGCCGUCCAGGAACCACCACCACAGGUCCUGGGACACUCGGCUGGAAGGCCUGCAGGAGAUCAAAGCCAGCCAGGCUCACAUGGAGGACGCCAUCGAGGACAUGAAGAGUCAGCUGCAGAGCGACUACUCCUACAUGACCCAGUGCCUACAGGAAGRAAAAUACAGGUAUGAGCUACUGGAGGAGCAGCUGAAUGACCUGACAGAGCUGCACCAGAACCAGAUGUCCAACCUGAUACAGGAGCUGGCCAGCAUGGAAGAGAAAGUGACCUACCAGUCCUAUGAGAGAACCAGAGACUCUCAGGAGGCGGUGGAGUCAUGCAUGAACCGCAUCCAUAGGUUAGAGCUGCAACAGCAGCAGCAGCAGAUGCUGCAAUGGGAGGGUGUGGAGAACGCCAAUGCCCACGCCCUGCUGGGAAAACUCAUCAACAUCAUCCUGGCUGUCAUGGCUGUAGUGCUAGUGUUCGUCUCCACCCCUGCUAACUUUAUCACCCCGCUCAUAAAGACCAGAGCACGCGUGGCUGCCACUGUCUUACUGGCCAUUUUUCUGUUUAUCCUCUGGAAGUACUGGGACUUCCGGGAGCUUUGGCUACUGCCAGGCUGACACCUCCAUAGGCCAUCACCCACACACAUUGUUUUGACUUGACCUAUCACCUACACUGAAAAAAUAAAGGUUCCUUGGAGAACUCUUGCCCGAUAAAUAAACUUGGAGUUAAGUGUAAGG